AUGGCCAACAGACGCAAGAGGCCUGAUGUUACUCUACCAUCACGUCUUUCGCGCCUCGAAUCUCCUCGCAAGGUCACUCCCCCCGAGCGCAAAGGCCUCCUCCCAUCACCUCCCGCGAGUGUCCAGCGCCUUUCGCCGACGAGCCGAAUGCCACGGAGCCUUCUCGACUACAAGUUCCAGGCAGAAAUUGGCGAGGUUCCCUCCAUCACCUCCAUCUCUCUGAGCCAGCAAGAGUUCUCCAACGCCCAGGACGAGAUCGAGAUUGCCUUCCGCCGGUUCGACUACGAACCCAGGCGAGGUCGCAUCAUCUUGCGCAUGCCCUCCCCGACUCAUGACACCUUUGUCGGCCUCAUCAACAAGGCAAUCUAUGCUGAACUGACCAGAGUCGCAAGCCACCACGCCAAAGCUCGCCUCUUUGCCUCGCAGAUUUUGAUGGCUGGUUCUUCGCGCAUCUUCCUCAACGACGACAACGAGGAUAGCGAGAGUAACGACCGAGAUGAGGCGCUGAACAAGACCCGUCGUCAGCCGGAUGCUCAAUACCACCAUCCCAAGGUCGCUUUCCCUGACGUCGUGGUCGAAGUGUCGUACUCGCAAGACAAGAAACAGCUAUCCAAGAUCGCCAAGCAGUAUAUUCACUCCUCCGACGGCAAUAUCAAAGCUAUUAUCUAUAUUAAUAUCGAUUUUCGGGCUUAA